AGCACUUCCGUUUAACGCCAUACUCGGUCUUUCAGUCGAGAAGACGUCGCUUCACGGUAGCAGAUAAACAUGCCGGGGUUCCUGAGGACCAUCUCCAGAUGUGCUGCUCCAGCCUUGCGGCGACACGCCAUCACUCAGAGAGCUAGUCUCUACACUACACCGCCCAAAGGAAAGAUGGGUCCACUCGAAACUGUCGUUGGAUUGGGCAUGUUCUCCCUGGCCAUCCUGGGACCAUCUGGAUGGAUCCUGGCCCACCUGGAGGACUACAAGAAAAAAGAAUAAACUGGACAUUUUAACAGUUUGAUACCCGGUUUAUCCAUCCUCCCGUCUCCAGAGACAACCUGGGACCAUAACCAUUAUGUUCCGCUGCGGAGAAGAAUAUACAAUUAAGUUUUACUCUCACUCUUCUACCUCUGUGACAGUUCCACUCCACAUGUCAGGCACAAACCAACUGUUCCCAAAACACUGACUGUGAUACAUUGAAAAUUGUAUUGUACUUAUUCCCUCAUUAAGGAGUAUGUUACAGAAUUAAAUUUUAAACACAUCUA